AUUGGCAAGUGCCCGCCUCAUCUAUUGCCUCUCUUAUAGGAGGAAGCUUUUCCCCGGACUCUCCCUCCCUGACUUUUUUUCGGAACGCCCACUGGAAACAGCUUCCACCUCCGAUGUGACACUUGCAUGCAUAGCUAAUCUUUCCGAGGCGCCCGUUCAUUCGGUCGUGCGUUGGUUUGCGUGAGAAGUUGACUCGGAGUUCACCAGUCUUCGGUGCUGGGAGGAGGAGGAGGAGGAGGAGGAGGAGGAGGGGAAGCAUCAAAGCAGGGCCGGGCCGGAGCCUCCACUCAGCGAUUCUUUCUCGUUGGAUCACCCCUGCCCUGAGGCCUGAGCGGACAUUUCUCCAGAACCCAUGAACGGUGGGUGCAGGUGACAGGCAGGUAUGUGUUGACCAAUGGCCAUCUGUGGCUUUGUAGGCAGAGUUUGGCUUACAAUACCACCACCAUUUUCCUGCAGUGCAUCCUGGGAAACGAGGGUUGAAGGUGCUGUACAAGUUUCCUGGUUCAGACAGGACAAAGCCAGGGCUGCCUGUUCGUGGAAUUGAAUGGACCAGCAGAGCACCAUAAUGACGGAAGAAGCUUGCAGGACGCGAAGUCAGAAGCGAGCGCUUGAACGGGAGGUCACCCAAAACGACGUGGACUGUAAAAAGAUGAAGCUAGAUAAGGGACUCUUGGGGGCCUCCGAGGCCAAUGCUGAAGGGGGAGACCUUAAGAUAAAGACGGACUCUGGUUCCGGGAGAGUCCAAGGAUUAUUAAAAGGCGCUGAGAUGAAAGCUGCCAUCAAAGUGGAUUUACCAACAGGAGAUGAGCCGGUGGACAUGAGUACCUCGAAAAGUGAUGCAAAGCGGGAGAGGAGAGUUCCGUCUCCCGACGUGAUAGUACUAUCAGACAACGAGCCAUCAAGCCCGAGAAUGAACGGGUUGACGAAAAUAGCGUUAAAAGAGACCAGUGCAGAAGUGCUGAUGAAAAGCAGCCCCGAAGAGCGGGAGCGAAUGAUCAAACAGCUCAAGGAAGAGCUGCGGUUAGAAGAAGCCAAACUCGUGCUGCUGAAAAAGCUACGACAAAGUCAGAUACAAAAGGAGACGACAGCUCAAAAGCCCGUGGGCUCUUCAGGAAAUGCUGUGGCCACACCUCCCCCAUUAGUACGGGGCACACAAAACUUGGUAUCCAGCAAGUCGGCUCUUCUGCAGAACCCUUCUUCACGGAUUCCCGGGGCCGUUAUUCCUCCCCCGUUGAUCCGCGGCGGGCAACAGGUCUCCUCGAAACUGGGCUCCCAGCAAAACACACAGAUUGUAAUGCCGCCUCUGGUCCGAGGAGCACAGCAAAUCCACAACAUCCGCCAGCACUCCAGCUCAGGGCCGCCGCCGCUCCUGCUGGCCCCACGGGCGUCCGUCCCCAGCGUGCAAAUCCAGGGCCAGCGGAUCAUUCAGCAGGGCCUCAUCCGCGUCGCCAACGUCCCCAACGCCAGCCUGCUGGUGAACAUCCCGCAGCCCUCCCCGACUUCACUCAAAGGCACCGCCGUGACGUCGGCACAGGCGAACGCUGCGGCCACCACGACCAGCGUGGCUUCCAUCGUCAACUCCAACGACUCCCCCGCCAGCCGCCAAGCGGCCGCCAAGCUGGCCCUGCGGAAGCAGCUGGAAAAGACCCUGCUGGAGAUCCCCCCUCCCAAGCCCCCGGCGCCCGAAAUGAAUUUCCUGCCCAGCGCGGCGAACAAUGAGUUCAUCUACCUGGUUGGAUUGGAAGAGGUGGUGCAGAACUUGCUCGAGGCCCAAGGCAAAACGGCCACCGCCCCCUCCUCGCAGGAGCCCUACACCUGCGUCCAGUGCAAGACAGACUUCACCUGCCGCUGGAGGGAGGAGAAGGGCGGCUCCAUCAUGUGCGAGACCUGCAUGUCCUCCAACCUGAAGAAGGCGCUCAAGGCCGAGCACACCAGCCGGCUCAAGGCCGCCUUCGUCAAGGCCCUGCAGCAGGAGCAGGAGAUCGAGCAGCGGAUACUGCAGCAGGCCGCCUCCCCGGUCCAGAGCAAGCCCGAGCAGAUCGGCCAGCACCAGCACUCGCUCAAGCAGGCCUCCAGCCAGCUGCCCCGAAGUGUCGGCAGUCCCCGCGGAGUCCUGCAUGCAUUUAGCCCGUCGCCCAAGUUGCAGAACGCCUCCGGUGUGGCCGUGCUUGGUGGCAGGCAAGGUAAGCGUGCUCAGAGACCCAUCGGCAAGGGCGGUGUUCACACCUGGAAGAAGACUCUCGGCAACACAGGUGGGGCUCUGAACUUCAUGAACCCCAGUCUCACGGUGCACAAAACAACCCCUUCGGCCGUGGACCGCCAGCGCGAGUACCUUCUGGAUAUGAUUCCGCCACGAUCCAUCCCUCAGUCCGCCACAUGGAAAUAACGCCGCAGCCCUGCUUUGACUUCUGCCCUUCCAGCAUCUCAUGGGGGGGUUUUUUCUUUCCCCUCCCCACUUGAUUCUUCUGCCCUUCUUCCCCUGCUCCCUCCAAGACCCCACCCCGGUGGAAAACUGGCUUUUGAGCCUAGCUGGGUUUGCAGGAAGGCCCACCUGGGUCAGAAACGCUACCUGUCGGGUGGGGCGGACGCUCACACGGGUGGUGAUGAAACGUCGGCCUACCAAAAUCUCACACCGUCUUUUCGUUUUGUUUCCGCAACGGCCAAGCCUGUCUCAGAGAGGAGAAUCUUGUUUAUUAUUAUUAUUAUUAUUAUUUUUCCUUUGUGUAUUUUGUCUCUUUAGUUUGGGGAGUUAUAUUUUAUGAACGGCAUCUAGUACAGAAUGAGGCAUUGCUCAAGUCGUGUGCUCUCGGAUGCUUUUGGUCUCCCCCUCUCCUGCGCCUUACGUUAACGUUUUUUUUUUUUUAAGGUAACUUUUAGAUUAAUUUUGCUUUUUUCCUUUUUGGUUGAUCGUGCAACUGUCGUUCGCGAUCAUGGACACACAAUCCCGCUCACAGAAAGCAGAAUUGGGACCUGGCCCUAAAGGGGGAAGGAGUUAGCACGUGUGGACGAGUUUCUUGUCUCUUUUUUCUUUUUUCUACCACCCCCCGCCCCACUCCAUAGUUCCCGACGAGGCAAUAUUAUAAAGACUGACGGAUGGCAGGGGACUGGUGUCCUGGUUUUUGUUUUUUGGGUUUUUUUUUAAAAUCCAAUAAUAACUUAUAUUAUGAACAAAUACAAACGGACUCACCGCCACCAGAAGAGAUGGAGCGACCGAACAUGGAAGCUUGCGUCUUUUUUUUUUUUCUCUAAGAAAUAAAGUAGCUUAACUGUUUCAGACGGAUAUUUUGCCCUGGACAUUUGAUAGCCUAAAAGUUACAGAACAGUUUCUAUGAAGUGGCGUUGCGAAAUAUCCGUAAUCUGGAUAAAAUGAACAGUUGGGUUCGGGUGGGGAUUUUGGUUGUUGGUUUUGGGGGGUUGGUUUUUUUGUUUUGUUUUCAAUUGUUUUUGCCCCACGUUCCCAAAGAUGGUUUGAAAAAGGGUCGGGGAGCAGGGAGGAGAGGUUUGUUA